GAAACUCGUAUUUAGCACUUCUCUUCAUUUCGGUACAGAGUAGCCACAAGCAAAACGGACACGAUGGUGAUUGACAGAGCUCCCGAUGGCUAUGCGGAUUUUAUGGAAGUGGACGCUGAUGUUAUGACGAGUCCAGUGCAUCUCAUGUCCUUCUAUGGGUGCCCCUCUCCGCCGAGCGAACACAUUAUUUCCGCCGGUUAUCAGUCUCCCUGGUCGUCGAAUUCCGACUCAGACAAUAGCUGGAGCAAUGCCGGUAGCCCACCACAUUCUGGCAGUCAACUUGCCGGUUUUAACGUCUCCGAGGCCUCAGUGGGUAGCCCUCGGUCGUCGAGCAGGUACCAAGGUGUGCGCGUGAAGAACACGGUAAAGGAGCUGAUAAUGAUGAAACGACUCGGAAAAGAAAGUCAGGUACAGAAGCAGCCAGUGGAAAAUGAAUGUCCAGCCUUGACUUCAAUCCUACAAGCGACAAAGCGCACUGCUGUCCAUAUGCCCCACUGUUUUCAUAAAAAACCACCAGCAGCCGCACACAACAAUGUUCUGUCUCAGUACACACAGGACACCAGUCUCCCGCUAGACCGAGACAUCUACACUAACAGCAUCAUGCCCAACACAGUGGAGAAUGCCACCGGGUCUCUGUCCAUCGAGUCUGUGACAGUGCGCGGCAGCAGCUUUGAGAUCUGCACCCCACCACCAGAACAAGACCUGCUGUCACUGUGUGCCAAAGCAGCUCCCAGUCCCUUCCAAACAAACUGCCCGCUGCUCCAAACCGUGGAGCGCCCUUACGAAGCCCCCUUACAGAGCAUGACCUCUCAGCCAGUCUCUUUGUCCACCAACACACCAUCUCUACCAGUUUCUUUCUUCCAAUGGCAAAUUCAGCAAGAGGAGGAGAAACUGGCUGGACUGACCCAGGUGGAGCUCACUUCACGGGAUGCCGACGGUGACACGUAUUUGCACAUAGCCGUGGCGCAGGGACGAAGGGCCCUGGCUUAUGUGCUGGCUAAGAAAAUGGCUGAAGUGAACAUGCUGGACAUCAAAGAGCAUAAUCACCAGAGCGCAUUCCAAGUAAGUGUGGCUGCCAACCAGCACCUGAUUGCGCAAGACCUGCUGUCGCUGGGGGCCCAGGUGAACACGGCCGACUGUUGGGGCCGCACCCCACUGCACGUCUGCGCUGAGAAAGGUCACAGCCUUACACUACAGGCCAUCCAGAAAUACAUACAGUGCGACGGGGGACAUGUCAAUGUGGAGGCAAUCAAUUACGAGGGUUUGACGGCGCUACACGUGGCUGUCUUGUCCCACAACGCUGUGGUCCAGGAGCUGAGUCGUGUGGGCGAACCCCGCUCCCCUCAGAUGGUGGCUCUGGUACAGAGGAGGAAGCUGCUGGGAGAUUGUAUCAGCACCCUCCUGGUGAUUGGUGCCUCAUACGGGGCAAAGGAUCGUAAAAGUGGGCGCACGGCGCUGCACAUGGCCGCUGAGGAAGCUAACGUUGAGCUUCUGCGUCUUUUCCUCGACCAGCCGAACUCUCUCUCCGUGAUCAAUGUCAAGGCGUAUAACGGGAACACGGCUCUCCACGUGGCCAGCGCCCUGCAGGGUCGAAUGGCCCAGGUGGACGCCGUGAAGCUGCUGAUGAGGCGUGGAGCUGACCCCAGCUCCAAAAACCUUGAGAAUGAGCAGCCUGCCCAACUAGUGCCUGAGGGACCAGUGGGAGACCAGGUGCGUCGGAUCCUGAAGGGUCGUGGGGCUCACGUUCGGGUUUACGCGGUCUAGCGUUCCCUGGUCCUGUAGCUCUUGUCAGAAACACUGUCAGUUAGGCAGUCCGGUUUGUGUAAAUAUCCAUUUGCCACUAUGAGGCAGAUGUCAGUUGUUUCCAUGAAACAAGUUACCAUUGUUCGCUACUGUGUAGUAGAAGGCAAAAGGGAAGAGAGAGAAAGCACACUGUUAUGUCACACUUCAAAGGAAAACGUUCCUUAUUGGUAAUACAAAGGACGGAUGUGUUCAAGCUGUUUUUGCCGUUUUUCCAAAGAGGCACUGCAGAUAAAUAGAGCUUAUCUUUAGAUAGGCGUGUAACGUCAACUGAGGUCCAUGUGACAAAAGUAAAAGAGGUCACCAGCAAGAGUGACUGAAUAACUGCGUUGUGGGUAAUUAAGGCUGGAGAAGAUGUUACGGAGAAAAUGGUGUUGGCGCCUUAACGAGGAAUUCGCGUGCUUUAUAUUCUACUGUAACUCUUAGAACGUCUUUGGAGAGUUCAUGCAGUGAGCUCUGGUGUUCUUUUUUUGAACGUUUUGUAAUGGUUGCUGUAAACAUAAGUUACUCUAAAUGUUAACCUAGGGUGUGGUGAAACUGCUCGUUUGACAAAUGUGUGGGGAAUUAAUGUGAUAUUCUGAUUUGAUUUGCAUUUGAUUUGU